UGGAGAGCGCCCCGCGACUGUUCUCACCUGGUCUAUUUCAGUCGUGGUGUUUCGGCUUCCACCUACUUCCCUCUCAUGAAGGAGCUUAAUUCGGUCGCUUCUGAGCUGUCUGCGCGGCAGGAGGAGAGCGAACAUUCUCAUAAACAUUUAAUUGAACUCCGCCGGGAAUUUAAGAAAAAUGUACCUGAGGAAAUCAGAGAGAUGGUGGCUCCUGUAUUAAAAAGCUUCCAGGCUGAGGUGGUGGCCCUGAGCAAGAGAAGCCAAGAGGCAGAGGCGGCUUUCCUGAGCGUGUACAAGCAGUUAAUUGAAGCCCCAGACCACGUGCCUGUGUGUGAGGCGGCUCGCAGCCUGGACGACAGACUGCAGGCCCCAGGCUUUGAUCCCAGUGGGCAGCCCCGGCGAGACCCGCACACUUCCUGGAAGAGACACCCUGAGCUCCUCUGCCCCAAAGAGCAGCGAGAGGGGACCCCAGCCGGGCCCACACUGACUGAGGGCAGCCGCCUCCCCGGCCUGCCUGGCAAAGCCCUCCUGACAGAAACCUUGCUGCAGAGAAAUGAGACGGAGAAACAAAAGGGCCUUCAAGAAGUUCAGAUCACUCUGGCGGCCAGACUGGGGGAGGCCGAGGAGAAGAUCAAGGUUCUGCAUUCAGCAUUAAAGGCCACGCAGACAGAGCUGCUGGAGCUGCGGCGGAAGUACGACGAGGAGGCCGCUUCCAAGGCAGACGAAGUGGGCCUGAUCAUGACCAACCUGGAGAAAGCCAAUCAGCGAGCUGAGACUGCACAGCGGGAGGUGGAGAGUCUUCGGGAACAACUGGCCUCAGUCAACAGCUCCAUCCGCCUGGCCUGCUGCUCCCCCCAGGGACCCAGCGGGGACAAGGUGAACUUUGGGCUGUGCUCAGGCCCCCGGCUAGAGGCCGCUCUGGCCUCCAAGGACAGGGAGAUCCUGCGGCUGCUGAAGGACAUGCAGCACCUCCAGAACUCUCUGCAGGAGCUGGAGGAGAGCUCCGCCAACCAGAUCGCAGACCUGGAGCAGCAGCUCACAGCCAAGUCCGAAGCCAUAGAGAAGCUGGAGGAAAAGCUCCAGGCCCAGUCUGACUAUGAAGAAAUUAAAACUGAGCUGAGCAUCCUGAAAGCAAUGAAGCUGGCCUCCAGCCACUGCAGCCUCCCGCAGGGCCUGGCCAAGCCAGAGGACUCCCUGCUCAUGGCCAAGGAGGCCUUCUUCCCCGCCCAGAAGUUCCUGCUGGAGAAGCCCGCCCUCCUGACCAGCCCUGAGGAGGACCCUUCGGAGGACGAUUCCAUCAAGGACUCACUAGGCACGGAACAGCCCUAUCCCUCCCCUCAGCAGAUCCCGCCGCCACUGGGGCCAGAAGAUCCUCUGUCCCCCAGCCCCGGGCAGCCCCUGCUGGGCCCCAGCCUGGGCCCCGAAGGACCGCGAACUUUCUCCCUGUCGCCUUUCCCCAGCCUGGGGGCCGGGGAACGCCUGGUGGGAGACACGCUGCUCCCCAAGCACCUGGUGCCCCAGGCCACCUUCAAGGGAGAGGCGGGUGGCCUGCUGCUGUUCCCCCCGGCCUUCUACAGCACCAAACCCCCCGCUGCCCCCACCACGCCUGGCCCGGGCCCCGAUCCACCAGGGGCCCCCGAGUCAGCCGAGGGCGGCGGAGGCCCGGCAGUGGCCUCAGCGGGGACGGAGGAGGAGCAGCUGGACACGGCCGAGAUCGCCUUCCAGGUGAAGGAGCAGCUGCUCAAGCACAACAUUGGGCAGCGGGUGUUCGGCCACUACGUGCUGGGGCUGUCCCAGGGCUCGGUCAGCGAGAUCCUGGCCCGGCCCAAGCCCUGGCGCAAGCUGACCGUGAAGGGCAAGGAGCCCUUCGUCAAGAUGAAGCAGUUCCUGUCGGACGAGCAGAACGUGCUGGCCCUGCGGACCAUCCAGGUGCGGCAGCGAGGCAGCAUCACACCGAGAAUCCGCACACCUGAGACAGGCUCUGAUGACGCCAUCAAGAGCAUCCUGGAGCAGGCUAAGAAAGAGAUCGAGUCGCAGAAGGGGGGUGAGCCCAAAAACGCGGUGGUCCCAUUGAGCAUUGCCAAUGGCACAACUUCUGCCAGCACCUCAGAAGAUGCCAUCAAGAAUAUUCUGGAACAAGCUCGCCGCGAGAUGCAAGCACAGCAGCAGGCCCUGCUAGAGAUCGAGACUGGUCCUCGGGGCCACUUGGUGCCCACCUCAUCCCCAGAGCGGCCCUCGCUGACUGCCUUGAGCCAGAAUGGAGCUCCAGCCUACGUCAAGCAGGAGGAGGCUGGCGGUGGCAGUGGCGGGGGCAGCAGCAGUGGGACAAGCAGCAGCGCCACACAGACAUCCCUCACGGUCCUGUCCCCUGCCGCCUUCGUGCAGAGCAUCAUCCGGAAGGUCAAGUCUGAGAUCGGAGAUGCUGGCUACUUCGACCACCACUGGGCCUCAGACCGCGGCCUGCUCAGCCGCCCCUAUGCCUCUGUCUCGCCCUCCCUCUCCUCCUCCUCCUCCAGCUACUCUGGCCAGCCCAACGGACGGGCCUGGCCCCGAGGGGAAGAGGCGCCCACAGCCCCUGAGGACGAAGCGGCUGGGGGCGAGGACGAGCUCCCCAGGGUGGGCGAGCUGAAGGCUGAGGGGGGUGUCCCCGAGGUGGGAAGUGGCGGGCGACUGGCCUACUACCCGACAUAUGUCCCCCGCACCCUGAAGCCCACCGUGCCGCCUCUGACCCCCGAGCAGUAUGAGCUCUACAUGUACCGAGAGGUGGACACGCUGGAGCUGACGCGCCAGGUCAAGGAGAAGCUUGCCAAGAAUGGAAUCUGCCAAAGGAUCUUCGGGGAGAAGGUGCUGGGCCUGUCGCAGGGCAGCGUGAGCGACAUGCUGUCCCGCCCGAAGCCGUGGAGCAAGCUGACGCAGAAGGGGCGAGAGCCCUUCAUCCGCAUGCAGUUGUGGCUCUCUGACCAACUAGGCCAGGCUGCAGCCCCAGCCAACGCGGCCCAGGCCAGUCCCACUGAGCCAAGGUCCUCACCAUCCCCGCCCCCUAGCCCCAUGGAGCCCGAGAAGAACUCCCAGGAGCCCCUGAGCCUGUCCCUGGAGAGCAGCAAGGAGAACCAGCAGCCGGAGGGCCGCUCUAGCUCCUCACUGGCUGGGAAGACGUCCUUGGGCAGCACUGGCGGCAUCCAGGAGAUUGUGGCCAUGUCCCCCGAACUGGACACGUACUCCAUCACAAAGCGGGUUAAGGAGGUCCUCACGGACAACAACCUAGGGCAGCGGCUUUUUGGAGAGAGUAUCCUGGGCCUGACCCAGGGCUCUGUGUCUGACCUGCUGUCCCGGCCCAAACCCUGGCAUAAGCUGAGCCUGAAGGGCCGGGAGCCCUUCGUCCGCAUGCAGCUGUGGCUUAAUGACCCGAACAACGUGGACAAGUUGCGGGACAUGAAGAAGCUGGAGAAGAAGGCCUACCUGAAGCGCAGGUACGGGCUCAUCAGCGCGGGCUCCGACAGUGAGUCCCCAGCCACACGCUCCGAGUGCCCCAGCCCCUGCCUGCAGCCCCAGGACCUGAGCCUCCUGCAGAUCAAGAAGCCGCGUGUGGUGCUGGCGCCUGAGGAGAAGGAGGCGCUGCGGAAGGCCUACCAGCUGGAGCCCUACCCCUCUCAGCAGACAAUCGAGCUUCUCUCCUUCCAGCUCAACCUCAAGACCAACACCGUCAUCAACUGGUUCCACAACUACAGGUCCCGAAUGCGCAGGGAGAUGUUGGUGGAGGGGACCCAGGACGAGCCAGACCUCGACCCAAGCGGGGGCUCCGGUGUUCCGCCGCCAGGCCACUCCCACGCAGACCCGACCCCAGAGACCCCUCCCUCCGAAGCUGAGGACCAGAAGCCAACGGUGAAGGAGCUGGAGCUUCGGGAAAGCUCCGAGGGAAACGCCACGCCCCUGACCGCCCAGGACAAGGCCCAAGUGCGGAUCAAGCAGGAGCAGACAGAGGAGGACGCGGAGGAAGGGGACGGCAGCCAGUCCCAGGACUUAGGGGAGCCCGACAAGGGCCAGGAGCCCCCUAAAGAGGAGCAUCCCGGCCCUCCAGACAGCAUUGAACUCCUAAAGGCGGCCCCGGGGCCCCUCCUCCCGGGCGGGGCUAGCACAGACUGCCCCUCCGCGCCUGCUCCUCUGGAGAACCCUGGCCCGGAGCAGCUGCACCCAGACCCGCUCAGCUUUAAGUCGGCCUCGGAGUCCUCACGCUGCAGCCUGGAGGUGUCCCUGAACUCGCCCUCGGCCGCCUCCUCCCCGGGCCUCAUGAUGUCCGUGUCGCCCGUCCCCUCCUCCUCAGCGCCCAUCUCUCCCUCCCCAACCGGAGCCCCCCCUGCCAAAGUGCCGAGUGCCAGCCCCAAUGCCGACACAGCCGGGGCCUUGCACCCCAGCGCCAAGGUGAACCCCAACUUGCAGCGGCGGCACGAGAAGAUGGCCAACCUGAACAGCAUCAUCUACCGGCUAGAGAGGGCCGCCAAUCGGGAGGAAGCCCUAGAGUGGGAGUUCUGAAGGGCGGGGUGGGGGUGGAGGACAGACCCUCGCGACCACCCUCCGUUUCUCGCUCACCCUCUCAGAGAGGAUGGGGCCAAGCUCAAACAUCGCAAUGCGGACAGCGAAGUUAUUCCGUUUACGUGCUUUGGUUGUCACCCACGUUUGACAAGGUUGCGAGGGAGUGGGUGGGGCAGAUGCCACUGCCUCCUCUUUUUUGGCACCGCCCCCUCCCCCGCCCCCAGGUGCACCUGGGACCCAGCCCCUCCUCCCCACCCUGGCCUGUCUCGGGGGAACAGAGGCACAUUGGCGGCCCAUUUUCACCUGAAAGCUCCAAACUCUUUUAGAAAAAAAAAAUAUUUAUAGACCUCUUUUAGCUAUUUUAAUAAAGGAUCCUUUGGAAUUUAUUCCCAGCCGAUGCUGUUUUGAUAUUGCAGAGAGUUAUAAAAUCAGGAUGCUGUCACAACUGUUGCGAAGUAUACACUGAAGUUGUGUUGUUUUUGCCACUAGAUGAGAUUAAAAGAAGACAAUUAUUCAAAGCCAUCACGGGACACUCUUAAGACUGACCAAAAUUUAGAUAACCUUUCAACCUUUGAACCAUGGAUUCCCCUCCCCGACCUCACACCUUGUCUGUGAGACACAGUGCAUUGCUACUGCCCUUCCGGAAGCCGUGUGGAAAAGAAAAAAGUCCGAAAGACUCUAAACAAAGACCUCGAUCCCGUAGGGGGUGUGCUUCAUUGGGGGGUCUGCUUUGCUACCUUGGUAACACAGCAUGCCUGUGCCCCUGUCACUGCUGUAGACUUGUGGACUGUGGCUCGGCCACGAAACAGACGUGGCAUGGUCCAGAACAAACUGUGUACACUCCCUCCAGUUAGACCCACCCCCACGGGAAUCGGGCCACGGGCGUGCCAGAGCAAACCUGUGGCUGCCCCCUUCCCGUCUUGUGCUAUAGGAAAGUGACAACGCUUGACAUCGCACUGGACAACCUGGGCCACCAGGGCCAAGCGGGUGAACUGCCUAGAUGAGAGACCCCUGACUCCCUUUCUUUCUCACGGUCGCAUCUCACAAGCUGGCCUGGCUGCUGCUGCUGCUGCUGUUGCUGCUCUGGACAUGACCAGGACUCAGAGUCCAUGUGGAACCAAGUGAAGGCCAAGUUCAUCACAGCACACCCACCAGCCCCCCCC